AGAAGUAGAGAACUGUCUUCCUCUUCCCCGAACUUAAUCUCGCCGGUGUAGGUCUCGUUCUUGCAGAGGGAAGAGAGAAGAUUAGAAUCAAGCAACAAUGACAAUGUUUCACUUCUUCAACUGCGCGAUUCUCACCUUCGGCCCUCACGCCGUCUACUACUCAGCUACUCCGCUAUCAGAGUAUGAUACUCUUGGUACCUCGGUUAAAGCUGCCCUUGUUUAUCUUGGAACAGCUUUGGUAAAGCUUGUAUGCCUGGCAACAUUCCUUAAGGUAUCUGAGAGUGAUGGAUUUGAUCCAUACCAGGAAUUGUUGAAAGCAUUAAUUGGUUUUAUAGAUGUUGCUGGGCUUUACUUUGCCUUAACCCAGUUGACUCACAGAAAUAUCUCCCAAAAUCAUAAGUUUCAAGCUGUUGGGCUUGGCUGGGCUUUUGCUGAUUCUGUUCUACAUAGAUUGGCACCUCUUUGGGUUGGAGCUAGGGGACUAGAAUUCACAUGGGAUUAUAUUUUGCAAGGCCUUGAAGCAAAUGCAAAUUUGGUGUUGAGUAUUUCACUUGCAGCACUGGGGUCCUUGAUGUGGCUCCGAAAAAACAAGCCCAAGACAUUAAUUCCAAUAAUAUAUGCAUGUGCUGGAAUUGUGGCAACAAUGCCUUCCAUUACAAGCUAUUUAAGGCGAGGGUUAGGGUGGCACUUUCCAGAGGUGGUUGGCUUUGAAAUAUUCACAUCUCUGGUGAUGGCCUUCAUUAGUUGGCAACUGUUUUCUGCAUGUCAAAAACCCUCUAUAUGAACCUUGCUUACUCCUCCUGAGGCAGUUGGUUAAAGGACAUAAUUUGUUUUCAAAAGUCCCAUCCAAAAUCAGUCUUCCCCCACGGCUUUGAAGAAAUCUAUUCUUUGUUAAUUUGUAGAAUUUCUUCAUAAUCAGGUUUACUCUAUAUUUUUUCAGAUAUAUUGUAUCACCAGAAUGCUGAACUAGAAUGAUGAUAUUUCAGAAUAUCAAGCCUCUGUUUUUGUACGAUACGUUCUUUUUUAUGAUAACAUAAAAUGACAAUUUAAAG